AAACCAAAACCAAAACGCCAGUUUGCCUUUUUCCGACAGCCGUGUGCGGAGGAGGUGCUACUUAAGUAUACUGCUAUGGAGUUUUUCACACACCAUUUUGAUAACACUGAAGCUUGUUUGCCACCUGGGUUUAGAUUCCAUCCGACUGAUGAAGAACUCAUCACUUGUUACCUUCUCCGAAAAGUCCUCGACGGCAGCUUCACCGGCCGGGCAUUCGCCGACGUUGAUCUUAACAAAUGCGAACCAUGGGAGCUUCCACAAAGAGCGAAAAUGGGGGAGAAAGAAUGGUACUUUUUCAGUCUCCGGGACAGGAAAUACCCAACUGGGCUGAGAACUAACAGGGCGACGGAGGCCGGCUACUGGAAAGCCACCGGAAAAGACCGCGAGAUCUACAGCUCCAAGACUUCUGCUCUUGUGGGGAUGAAGAAAACCCUAGUUUUCUACCGUGGUAGGGCUCCAAAAGGGGAGAAAAGCAACUGGGUGAUGCAUGAAUAUCGUCUUGAAGGCAAAUUUGCCUACCAUUUUCUCUCUAAAAGCUCCAAGGAUGAAUGGGUGAUCUCCCGUGUUUUCAAGAAAAGUGGUGUCGGAUCUGUCGGCGGCGCCGGCAGCGGCAGCGGCGGUGGUAGCGUUGGCGUUGGGAAGAAGUGGUUUAGCGGUGGGAUAAAUAUCGAGAAAGAAGCCAGCUCCUCGUCGGCGGUUUCGGGUUCACUACCACCAUUACUCGACUCCUCCACCUACGUUCCCGGCGAACAAGAAAGCUUCUCCUACGACAGCAACGCCGCUUCAAAAGAGCACGUGCCCUGUUUCUCCACUGCCUCAACUUGCACCUUCGGCCCUCAGCCUCUCUUUGAUUUCCCACCGCCGGAGCCUCUAACUCCCACCUUCGAUCCCACCGCCAUGUGCACCCCAAAGAAUCCCGGCGUCUCAGUCUUCCCUAGCUUGAGAACAUUGCAGGAAAAUCUUCAGCUUCCGUUCUUUUACUCAUCGGUGGCGCCACCAUUGCAUGGCGGAGAAGCAAGCAACUACGGGAGUUCUUCCGGUGAGAACUGGAUGCAGCCAUCAUCGUCACAGACAGAAAACCAGAAGCCUGGUCCCACGGAGCUUGACUGUAUCUGGAGCUUCUGAUCAAUGGACGGCGGCGGCCUUAAUUAUCCAUAGUUGAUCGAUUUUAUGGUCCUUUCAUUGUCUUUCGAGAAUUGAAUGUGAAAUUAAUAUCGUAGUACGUUUAAAUCUGUUGUACGCUUGUAUGUUCUUGUCAUUUUAAAGAUUUUCUCUAUUAUGGAGUUAUGGUGGGCGCUUUGUAUUAUGUAAUAUGUAUUGUACUAAGUCAUCAAAUGUUUCUAUCAUCAGUCUAUUUAUAAUGAUCUUCUAC